CAAUGGUGCACACAGGGCGGUGGAGCGCCGUUAUGGUACCCGACCUUCCAGGCCUGCGGGGGCGGUAUCGAUCCGUGAUGGUGUUAGGAUGUGUGUGGUCUAGGUGGCAGUAAAAGCCAGCUCCUAGAACAUAGUAAUUGACUUGAUUGGUGUGUCAUAUGGUGGAUUCACGUUUCUCUGAAAAUAACCAUGCAAAGCAAUAUAUCCAAAAGUGAAGAGUACCUGGCCUUCAGAAGCUCAGUGCCACUUAAAAGUGUUGUUGUGGAUUAUGAUGAUAGCAAGGUGUGGAGGCUGUAUGACGUGGGUCCGCGCUCUGACGCCUGCCCCAUCGUCUUCCUGCCACCGCUGAGUGGCACAGCUGACGUCUACUUCCGCCAGCUGCUGAGCCUAUCCAGCCGCGGCUUCCGCGUGCUCUCCGUGUCGUACCCGGUGUAUUGGACAGUGCACGAGUUCUGUGAGGGUUUCCGGCGACUUCUGGACGAGCUCGGCCUGGACCGGGUGCACCUGUUCGGCUCAUUUCUGGGCGCGUUCUUGGCACAGAAGUUCGCCGAAGCGACGCGCCGCUGUCCCCGAGUUGCUUCGCUGCUGCUCUGCCAGGCGUUCGUCGACACGCGCAUCUACAAGAAGACGGCCGUCUCGCCUUUCUACUGGCUGGUGCCCGGCCUGGUGCUGAAGAACAUGGUGCUGCAGGGGUUUCCCAGCCACGAAUGUCUGCGUCCCGACAUCGCCGACUCCUUCGACUUCAUGGUGGAUCAGCUGUCGCAGCUCAGCCAGGCUGAGCUGGCGUCGCGGCUGACCCUGAGCAGCGCCGGCUGCCGGGUGCAGGCCGAGCGUCUGCGCCACCUGCCCGUCACCCUGCUGCAGGCGCUCGACGCCACGGCGCUGACGGAGCAGGCACGCGCCGAGGCGGAGCAGUGCUACCCGCACGCGCGCUUGGCGCACCUCAAGACAGGCGGCAACUUCCCCUUCCUGACCCGGCCGGACGAGACCGGCGUGUUCAUACAAGUGCACAUGCGACCGCUGCUGGGCCCGGGCCCGCCGCGGGAGCAGCAGGAGGAGACGGCGGAGGACGGCCGCCAGCCGACGUGACCUCUCUCCCUCUCCCUCUGGCCAAGCCGCGAGACGUCGGCCGGUUUGGCGAGGUGAGGUCGUGCGCGGCGGGCGUGCGGUGACUGAGGGGUGCUGCGACCGGGCUGGCCUGGCCGACCGGCGCCGAGCGGCCCCCGGAGCACGUGGGCAGCCGCCGCGGUGCGGACGCGGGCGGGCGCCGCUGCGGCCGCGCGGCCGGCGCACAGGGUGUCGGCCGAGGACGGUACGGCGUCGGCUGGGCGAGCGAGCGGACGUAUCCGAGCACUGACACGCGCCGCGCGUUAGAGGUGGUGAUAAUCUGGAGGGCGACGGCGGCGGCGGGGUUAGCAGCGCUGGUCGAUCGGCAAGGACGCAGGCACUGAACAUUGCCUCGCCAUAGAAGGAAUCGUGUUCGUUUGCAGCGUUCGGUGGCUCCAAAUUGCCUGUGUUCGUAACGUGGUACGAGGGUGCCUCUGUGGCGUCAUGCUAAGAGCUUUCCAUGAGGUUCCCGCCUUUGAAUACCCCAGGCGAAUCUGGGCACGCGCUGUUGAGUUUUACUUGCCAGUAUUAUUCGUAGAAAGCCGAUGUCCCCAGUCCGCGUGGACGGAACUUCCAAGCCGGAUGCCCGAGUAUGUUUCAGGGGGCUGAUGUUUCGUGUAUGUUACUCGGCGUGCAUCGGUUUUGUUUUGUAUACUGUUUAUUAUAAUCUUACGUGUUAACCUGGGAUGGUGUUCUCACCAAGUAAUGGUGAUGACAUGGGUCACACUGUGCUUUCCGUACUGGGUUGUACUUACGAACGCGGUUAGGUCAAGCGCCAAAUGCAGGUGAUGCCUGAUUUGUUUUGUACUCUAGUGAUAAUAAAUAUAUCCUAUGCAACACAAA